AUGGAAAAGCAAUGGAAACGAAUGCCAAUAACCACAAAUCUUUCAACAGGGAUCAAUAUUUCCCCCCCCUAUAAUGGAGAAAUAAAGGUUUUGAGGAGGUCUGCCGGCUGUAAGAAUACAGUGAUAAUUUCAUCACCUAGCCCAUUUUCCCGAGAAACGCAAGAAAUUUCGGUUCCCCGAACCAUUAUUGAUAACCCAAAUGAUUGGAUUCCAGAAGAAGCAGAGAUUGCCAUUAGAGAUAAUUUGAAAGAAAUAAUGCCUUCUUUAUGUGAAUUACCAUUUGAUAGGACAAAGCUAUGCUGGUUAACACAGACUACAACUUCGAAUUUUAUAGUUGACUAUUAUCCUGAGGCAAAAAAUGUUUUGAUUACUACGGGAGGUUCCGCCCAUGCAUGGAAGUUCGUUCCAGUAAUAGGGGAUAAGGUUGUUGAUUUUAUCGAAGGAAAUCUAGAACCGGAGCUACUUAGGAAGUGGUGCUGGAAGGAAAAGUUGACCUCAAAUGUUGAUAAUGGAAACGCCCCAAGAAUGAAAGGAAGUCCAAAAGAAAUAAAGGAAUAUAUCAGAAAUGCAGAAGACCUUUAA